AUGUUUAGAUCACGGCUAAUAUCCAGACGUCCAUUCUUACCAAGCUCCUACGCAUCCGUUUAUAAUCCAUUGCACCUACAGCAGAGACGUACUUUGAAACUUUCUGCCAAUGCAGCCGCCGGAUUAAAAUCGUAUGGGUCAGUAAUAAAUAUUCUUGCAGGAGCUUAUAUAGGAGGAUUGAUAGUGUCGCUCGGGUCAUUCUACUUCUUAUACCAUGAUGCAAAUGAACGACAAAGCAUUCCCUUUGAGUUGAGUUUUGAGGAUCAAAUUGAAGCAGUGAAAGCGAUAAAUAAAGAUGAUGUCUUGCGGAAACCAAACUUUGCUGUUAAGCAUUACCGCAAAAUUUUAUUUGAUUUGGCAAAACGAGUGGACCCCAGUAUUGAUGAAUCUCAAUUUGACAACUAUAAUGUCCCUAUCAUUGAUUCACAAAUAUUGGUGUAUGAUAAGUCCAAUAAAUUUUCCAAUUUUUACAUCGACGUGAUUUUAAGAUACAGCAAGGCUCUUUUAGCUAAAGGCGAAUUGGAUGCCUCGAUCAAGACCUUGAGAAAGAUUAUUGAUGACGAUUUGAUUUACUACAAGUUGGGAGACGCCGAAAGAUUAUCUGAAUGUAGUCGAUUAUUAGCCAAAGUCAGCCAAAGCCCUGAUGAUAGAAUUCAUAUUUUACAAAGGUCGAUUGAUAUGUUAUCCAAGACGUAUUCAUCUAUUCAAAUUAAUGAUGACUACACCUUGAAACAAAAUAGUAAAGUUUCAGACGAGUUGAUAAAUUGUUUAAAUGAUAUGGCUUUCCAAUUGGCUAAAAUGUCGCAAGAUGUGCCAAAGAAAAGGAAAUCAACUCUUCUCAAUGAAUCAUUAGCGAUCUAUCUAUCCACUUUACAAGCUUUGACAACCAUUCGGGAAAAGUUGGAAACUCGAAAAGCCAACCAGUCUAAUUACCCGUUGUUUAAUGUUGAUCGAGAAAAUUUAAUAACACAAAUAUGUUCAGUAAAGGCCCACAUUAGUGAAAUUCUUUGGGCCCAAGGGUUUAAACAGGAUGCUAUAAAUUGGUCAGAAGAGAUCUUGAAUGAAUUGUAUUAUGAUCAUGCGUCAUCGCCGAAAGUAUCACCUAUACUUGAAAACGUGUUAGCUAACUUAGCUGACAUGUAUUCGAUUCAGAAAAAACGAACCGAUAUCGAACGUUGUCAGAGGUUAAAAAAGGAUUUGAAAAAGUAUGAGAAACCGGACGAUAUGGAUGAUAGACUUAAGGAUUGGUAUGAGAGUGUUAUUAACAGAUGGAGUAAAAUCAUUUAUGAUCAAGGUCCAUUGGGUAUCAUAUUGGUUCCUCUACAAGAGCGGUAUGGACCGGGAAGAAAGAUUAGAGAGCUCGAAGAAUUUGAGAAAGAAGAUGAAUUGUAA